AUGACUCGUGACGAUGCCAACGCAUCAUGGCCCAUUGUGCGGCCGCGAGCUCGGGAAAUCGACCCAGCCAAGCUACUUACACUCUCCCUGGACAUCUUGAGGCAGCACGAAGACAACCCUAUUGACCCGGUCGAGUUCGAAGCCGCCAAAACAAAGCAAUUCCGCAAUAGCGUUUGGGGGCGCUGGCAUGAGUUCGCAAAAAUUAUGUCCUUUGACCCGUCCCAAGUCUGGAUUGAUCUGUGCUACCGAAGAGACACGGCAAAGAGCUACUGCCGGACCUUUCUAGAAGUUUAUGUCUCCACCUCGACGGUCAGACGGCCAUGCUUGGGGCCUGAGGAGUGGCACGAUGUCCGCACCGUCAACGCAGCAGCCACAGUACAGGAUGUUUGGGCUGCGCUUGUGAAGAGAGCUGAUCAGCAGGUUCUACUACCACUGAGACAGGGCUGCAACCCAAUGCAGGCUGGCAUUUAUGAUUUAGGUUUCUCUUCAAGGAACAAUUCGAGCCGAAGCGGCCCUGCAUACGAAGUUGCCGACUGGAUUCCAAUGCUUGCCGAAAAGAUUGGGCUUUCUUUGACGCAGGGGUUUGAAAAGAGGGAGCUAUCGGACGAGGACAUAGUGCUGAUCCUUCACACAGUCUGGAGCCGAGCCGAGCAUAUUCAAUGCACUCCCGACGUACGCCUUGCAUUCCACGCCGCCGUUAUUAUAAUUGGAAUCGGUGGUUUUCGAUCGGCAAGUGUUCUUGGAAUGAAAUACAAAGAUGUCUCCUUUGCUUGGACCCGCGAUAUAGCGAAUCCACUGAAAACAAACCUCGUCGCCACUAUUACGAUACACCACGUCAAGCUCAGAAAAUACAAGGUCCAAAGAGACCAACGUUCUCAGCUCAAAUUCUCCAUAACCUUCGUUCCGUGCAGACAAGUGUGUCUGCUUACCGCACUGGCUACGAGAGCGCUUCGCGACAACGCUUUCAAGGGCGGCUACACAUCCAUCGACCAGCUUUUACCAGAGAAGCCAUUGGACCAUGACUACGUACCGUUGCACUGGAAAAGCUCCGUUCUCGACGCGAAAAUUGUGCCAUGCUCAUACAGGUCGUUCUGGAAAGUGUGGAAUCGGACCCUGUAUGUGGCUGGCCUUCGCAAUGACGAUAACAUUCGGCCAUACGCGCUACGGGUGGGAGCUGGCGGCCGCCUUGACGGUAUGGACGGACCUCUUAAGCCUCGGGCUAGUCAAGUCUGGGAAGCUAAUCAUUCACUCUCCACAGGUUCACUGACCCGAGCCUUGUCUAACUACAUCAUGUCACACACCACUGAGGUGUUCGAGCGGAGCUACCAGGCUCGGCAUCUCACGGCGAACCUGAUGAGAAUUGCAUUCGAUAGCCGUGCAGGCGACAAUGAUCGAAUGAUUCGCAGUCUGAGCAGUGCAUUUUCUCGUCGUGACCCAGAUGCACCAAUUUACGUCUCGACAGAUGAGCUGGCCGCAUUUGAGGAAAGAAAAGACAUCCAGACCCUUCGGCAGCUGCAUAAAGAAACGUUCAAGAAAGAGCCACAUAAGGCAACCGCUAUCAAGAACCAAAUACGAUACUUGCUCGACUGCUUAGAGAAAUUAAAGUUACAAGAAAUCCGUCGCAAAUACUUUGAUACGGUCGACAAUCUACGGGGCAGGCAUGAGUCAACAGAACAUCUGGAUCCGCAGCUUACGGAGAACCCCCGAAGCGCAAGAGAAGUGCCAUCUUUUCAAAGGGCUGUUUUAAGCGGCAAAUUCAUGCGGGAAAACGCCAGUGUCGUGACACUUGGUGAGAGUUUGAUUGCAUAUCUGGAGGAACGGCCAACAAAACUUUGCCCUCCGGUUUCCAAGCCACCACCACCAAAGUCCGCCAAUGUGAUGGAUAUGAGGUGUCUUCUCUGCUGCGUCCCGUUCGCCACUGUAGCAACGCUAUCACGGCACGUCAGCACCGCGCAUUCCUUCGAUGAACCAUUUAAUUGCCCAGAGUGCGAGCGAAACGGUGUUUUGGUACAGGUGGAGCAGAGUUGCAUCUCGUGGGCAAGCCAUGUGAAGGCUUACCACAAGCAAUUUAUUGCCCCAAGCGUUGCGGUCUCUCUCAAGCCAGCAUAUUGUCCGCUGUGCGCGAAAUGUUUCACUGAGCGAGGAUUCAGCUUGCACUUCCGUCAGGCACACAAGGACAAGCUCUCAUACCCAUUCGCCUGCCCUGAAUGCGACAGGGAAGGCAUUCAUGAUUCUAUGAUCUGUAGCUUUGAUGCGUGGGGGUUCCAUGUGCAAAACACCCAUGAUGGCGGCGACACGGCAUUUGGGGCUAUUGUAGGAAAAAGAGGCAUUAAGCGAGCCGCUUCUACAGCAGAUGAUAACGCGCUAGGACGCAAGGUGCGAAAGGAGUCAGCUAAGAUACCAUCCUAA